CUUUAAGAUAAAUGGCGUCCAUGACCCCCUCCAUGAUGGCUAGAUCAGCUCGUUUCUUUCACACCACUCCAUCCUUUAGAGCACCCCCCAUUUGGCUCUUGACUCCACUAGGAAGAUUUGUAGUUGCAUUCAGUGCCAGGGCAGCUAGAGCAGUAUGGAAACGACUACCAGAAGCCAGGAAAGUGAAGAUAAAAGCUUCACUGAAGAGACAAAGAAAGUACUUUUACGGAGCAGGAAGCCUCUGCCUGGCAGGAGGAGGUGUAUACUAUUUCACUCAUUUGGAGUUUGUUCCUCUCACUAAGAGAUAUCGCUUUAUGAUGUACUCCAGAGAUGAUAUGUGUCAGUUAUUGAAGCAAGAAAUGGGGACAGCAGGGCCUGACAGUGCUCUGAACCUUAAAGCAUUAAUAGGAGACCAGAAGGUACUACCUGCCGAUCACCAGUACUAUAAUACUGUCAUCCCACUCGUUAGACAGAUAGUAACACACAACUCCUGGUGUGAGAGAGUCAAUGAUAUACACUGGAAGAUAACCAUAGUUGAUAAUCCAGAGUUAGUUAAUGCAGUGAGCUUACCCACUGGCGAUAUUGUGAUAUUUUCUGGAAUGCUAAAUGCCUGCCAUAAUAUAGAUGAAGCUAGUUUAAUGCUCAGCCAUGAAAUGGCUCACAUUAUUCUUGAUCACGGAGUUGAGACCUUUAGUCACUCUGGCCUAGUCUCUAUGCUUAAACUAGUUUGUAUUGCUGCUAUAUGGUUCUUCAUUCCAAAUGAUUUAAUAUCAUUCUUUACUCACAAACUCUUCAAUGGAACAGUUACAAUACUAUCCAACAAUCGCUACAGUCGUAAGCUUGAGAUGGAAGCUGAUCAGGUAGGGCUACUGCUAGCAUCAAAGGCUUGCUUCAAUCCUGAGAGAGCCAUUAAACUUUGGAAGCACUUACCAAUGUUUAAUGAAUCAGACACUGUUCAGGAAUACUUUCAAACUCAUCCAUGCAACGAGAGGAGGUUCAUGAUACUGCAGUCACUUCUACCUCAAGCUAAGGAGCUGCACAGUUCUGGUCAGUGUGAGUCACGGAUGAAGAAAGAAAUGAAAGCAUUUUCUGCAUCCUUGGCAAAGUUAAUCGGAUUUUAACACAAUAUUAUUUACACUAAUAAGUUUGGGUCGC